AGGGGAGAUAUUUUUUUUUACUGCUGGAGCUGUCAAUUCUGUUUUUGAUACACGUCAUCAUGUUAAGUGAAUAAUCAAUCUAAUAUUGAAAUCUGAUACAUUUUACAACAAUGGUAACUUUAAGAGAAAAACAGAUAGGUGCCUUGAAGCAGAUGCUGAAUUUAAAUCAGCCGCAAACUAAAGUACUCGCUGCUGAGCCUGUUUGGAAGAUUCUUGUCUACGAUCGUUGUGGUCAAGAUAUUAUUUCACCAUUGAUAUCAGUUAAGGAGCUACGAGAACUUGGUGUCACACUGCACAUGCAGCUGCACUCGGACAGGGACCCCAUCCCCGAUGUGCCGGCCGUGUACUUCUGCCUGCCCAGCGAGGAGAACCUGGGGCGCAUCAGCCAGGACCUGCAGAACAACGUGUACGAAAGUUACCACCUGAACUUCAUCUCGCCCAUCUCCCGCCAGCGGCUGGAGGAGCUGGCCGCGGCCGCACUGCAGGCCAACUGCGUCUCCAACGUGCACAAGGUUUAUGACCAGUACCUGAACUUCAUAUCGCUGGAAGAUGAUAUGUUCGUUCUCAAACAUCAGAACAGUGACCACAUUUCUUACUAUGCCAUCAACAAAGGUGAAAUAAAGGAUACAGAAAUGGAAAACAUCAUGGACACAAUAGUGGAAAGCUUGUUCUGCGUGUUUGCAACACUCGGUACUGUUCCCGUGAUCCGCAGUCCAAGAGGUAAUGCUGCUGAGAUGGUGGCUGAGAAGUUGGACAAGAAAUUGCGAGAGAACUUGCGAGACACCAGGAACAACCUGUUCCUUAUGGAUGCAGCCGCUGCCGGUCACUUCAGCUUCCAGAGGCCGCUGCUGAUCGUGCUGGACCGCAACGUGGACAUGGCGACGCCCCUGCACCACACGUGGACCUAUCAGGCGCUGGCGCACGACGUGCUCGACCUGGCCCUCAACCGGGUCGUGGUGGAGGAGGGCGGGGGCAGGCCCCCGGCAGGCGGGGCGCGCGCCCGGACCCGAGCCUGCGACCUGGACUCCCGCGACGCCUUCUGGCUCGCGCACAAGGGCAGCCCAUUCCCAAUCGUCGCAGAAGCUAUCCAAGAAGAAUUGGAACAUUACAAAAACUCAGAAGAAGAAGUGAAAAGGCUUAAAGCAUCAAUGGGCAUUGACAGUGAAAGUGAUGCAGCAUUUUCCAUGGUAACAGACAACACAGCCAAGCUGACGUCAGCAGUCAAAUCCCUCCCGCAGCUGCUAGAGAAGAAACGACUCAUAGACAUGCAUACAACAAUUGCUACUGGCAUCCUAAACACCAUCAAGACCCGGCGCCUCGACACGUUGUUCGAGUUCGAGGAGAAGGUGAUGAGCAAGGCCGCUCUGGACCGCAGCCUCAUGGACCUGCUCACGGACCCGGAGGCGGGCAACCCCGACGACAAGAUGCGGCUCUUCAUCAUCUACUACAUCUGCUCCCACUCCAUGACCGAGGCAGAUUUUGAUCGGUACGCAGCUGCUUUGCAAAGUGCCGGCUGCGACCUUCAGCCGUUGGCGUACAUCAAGAGAUGGAAAGCCUACGCAAAGAUGGCGGCCACGCCGAACCAGUACGUGGGCGGCGGCACCAAGACAGUCAGCAUGUUCUCCAAGCUGGUGUCUCAGGGCUCGUCCUUUGUCAUGGAGGGGGUCAAGAACCUUGUCGUCAAGAGACAUAACUUGCCAGUCACGAGGAUUGUCGAUGAGUUGAUGGAGCUGAAGACUUCACCAGAGACAGAGGACUACAGGUACUUCGACCCGAAGCAGCUGCGGGCAAUAGAUGGGUCGCAGGUGCCACGCAACCGCGCCCCCUUCCAAGACGCCAUCGUAUUCGUGGUGGGCGGCGGCAACUACAUAGAGUACCAGAACCUUGUGGACUACACUAAGGGGAAAGUAAGCAGUGCAGCCAACAAGAGAGUGAUUUAUGGAGCAUCAACUCUCAAUAAUGCCAAGCAGUUUCUCAAACAGCUGUCGUUGUUGGGCCAAGAAGUGCACUAACGUGAUAGUGCGUGUUGAGUAGCUGCAGGGACGUGUGCAUCAUUCAGAACAUUUGCAGCAUGAGUGCAGACUGCACUCGCAUCUCUACGGCUUUUUUGGUAGCGUCAACAAAAGAACUGGCGUACAGUAUAUGUACAUACAGCACUAAUGGUGUGUUAGGAACCCUUGUGUCAUAUAACUUUACAUGUUUUUAGUGUAGUAAUAUUUUAUUAUUUGUGGAUGUGUCAUUGCCACAAUUUAUUUGUUGAGUCUUAUGUCUUAAAACUUUGGGAAAAAAAUUUGCAAAAAUAAAAUUAAGAAUGAAGAGUGGGUCUUGUUUAUGAAAAGCAGUGCAUAUGUUAGUGUCUAUUGAAUGUAAGGUAACUCUUCAUGGAAAUGUUUCCUAAAUUUUUAUGUGCUUGAGUUAUGAAUAAUUUAAGUAAAAACUUGUUGCACCAUUUGUUUUUUCUCCUACAGGUGUUCCCUUGUGCAGGAUGUUUAUCCUUAGAAUUAUUUGAAAUUGUUUUUUUUUUUUUUUAUUAAAUCAGCAAAUACAGGAAACAAGCCCUGGAGGCUGUUGUAACAAGGUUCGAGUCUGAACCAGUUCAUUCCUGUGUUUUUAUACCUUUCAUUUUGCAAACUGUGAACAUGUUAGUGUGGAGAGAUUUUAUGAAAUUGUAAGUUGUUUGUACUCAGUAUGCUUCAUUCCAAUAAAGAUAAAUUUUUUCCAUGUUA